AUGUCAGUUUACGACGUCAAGGGCAAGAAUGCCAUUGUUACUGGCGCAGGCUCUGGUAUCUGCCUUGCCUUUGCCAAGCAGCUUCUUGAGAAUGGGUGCUCCGUUGUGAUAGCUGAUCUCAAGCUCCGCCCCGAAGCAGAGGAAUUCGUCAACAAAUGGGCGACCACUGAGGGCGGCAAGCCAACCGUCCACUUUCAAAAGACCGAUGUUAGCGAUUGGGCCCAGAUCUCAUCUUUAUGGGACGCAGCGCUUGAGAAGCUUGGCCAAAUCGACAUCGUCUGUAAUGGCGCUGGCAUUUACGAACCCCCAUCAAGUACCUUCUGGAACCCUCCCGGAGUGUCGUCUUUAUCUGAGGAUAAGGCCGACGGUAAUCCGGGAGUAUACAAGACCUUCGCUGUGAAUGCAUUAGGUCCAAUAAGAUUGGCUCAGAUUGCUAUGGACUAUUGGCUACAGAACCGCAACGUGCAAGGGAACCUCCUUUGGGUCGCCAGUUGCGGAGGUUACCUGCACUCCCUACAGACGCCUCUCUACUUCGCUAGCAAAGCAGCCAUUGUUAGUUUCGUAAAGUCGUUGUCAACUGUACGCAAACGAUUCGGCAUUCGGAAUGCCGCCGUUUGUCCAGGUGCCGUACACACGCCCAUCUUUCACCCAGAAUACUGUCGUGACAGAAUGCCACCAGAGACUCUGGGACUUACCGCAGAACAAUGCGCCAACGUCAUGUUCCAGGUUCUCACUGAACCGAAAUACGGCGAUGGAAACAUCGUUGAGACGAUGCUUAUCGGGAACAGAGAGAGUAAUUCGGUCAAUGUGCGAGAAGUUCCUAUGGAAGCGCUAUAUCCGACUGUGGUCGCUGGGGGAUCGCAUGAUGGUCUUUAUGAAGGGGAAGAGAAGUUGGCGAAGCAGCUUGCGGAGAAGGGAAUGAGAGAAUGAGGCAAGAUAGCCCUAUAUUCAACAAAAUAAUGACCUUUUCUCCAACCAUUCGUGCUGAUUAGGUCAUAACUAGUAAGCGAUGUGCUUACUGUUGGCAGCUGAUCACGCUUACGCUUGGCUUUGAGGCAUUGCGGAUCUGAAGCGGGUUCUUUGCGGACUCUAUGCGGAUUCAAGGGUCAUAUUACUCGAGUUUGUCAGCAAGAAUAUUUUAAGACGAGUAUCUCGUUACAUUCGAUAGAUCCUUUGAUGAGGAUAUGACGUUGUUGGGCUCGCUGAUUUGUCAUGCCAGAAUGGGAACAAUAUGAUAAAGAUCUUGCUUAUGCUCAAUAGUUCAAUCAUUCCUCCUGCC